AUGGGCAGACUGAUCAAGAACCAUUGGGCUCGCUUGAUUAUCCUCACAGCGGCAGCAUACCAAAUAGGAAGCGCAAUCGAGGGUUUCAUCUGGCCGAAAGUAUUCUGGGAUUUCAUGACAAAGAAUCUGAACGGCGCAGUCACACCUAUUCCAAUACUCCAAAUUCUCAACCUGCUCAUGGGGCUGAUUGGCAUCGCAUGGGAAUGGCCUCUCAAAUUCGUCGCGGGCUCGACACCACAUCGCAGCAUCGAAUUCCGAUUGAUCCUCUAUCCUCUCAGUGCUCUUCUCGCCAUGCUUCUAUAUCAAGGAACAGAUCCUGCUAUAUACUAUCUGAUUGGGAUCGGCGUUUACUUUUGGGCGUACAGUGAAGGCGAGAUGGUGUGUCCUGAGCCUUGGACUUUGCCUAAGCGAAGCGAAUACAAAGUAUAG